AUGGCUUCUCAACGCAGCACCAUCGAAUUGAAGGAUGACACUGUCAUCGUGGUGCUUGGUGCCUCCGGGGAUCUCGCAAAAAAGAAGACUUUCCCCGCACUUUUCGGCCUCUUCCGCAACAAGUUCCUCCCCAAGGACAUUCACAUCGUCGGGUAUGCACGGACGAAAAUGGACCACGAUGAGUUCUUGAAGCGCGUGCGCUCCCAUAUUAAGCUCCCGACAAAGGAAAUUGAGGAACAAUUAGAUGAAUUCUGUAGCCACUGCACCUACGUCUCUGGCCAAUACGACCAAGAUGAUUCGUUCAUUGCCCUCAACAAGCACAUCGAGGAGGUCGAGGGAGGUCGUAAGGAGCAGAACCGCGUGUUCUACAUGGCACUGCCCCCCAGUGUCUUCACUACUGUCUCUGAGCAAUUGAAGCGCAACUGCUACCCCAAGAACGGUCUCGCUCGUAUUAUUGUUGAGAAGCCCUUCGGUAAGGAUCUCCCGAGUUCGCGCGCCCUGCAGAAGGCUCUGGAGCCCAACUGGAAGGAGGAGGAGAUUUUCCGUAUCGACCAUUAUCUCGGUAAGGAGAUGGUCAAGAAUAUCCUCAUCCUGCGGUUCGGCAACGAGUUCUUCAACGCCACAUGGAACCGUCACCACAUCGAUAACGUCCAGAUCACAUUUAAGGAGCCCUUUGGUACCGAGGGUCGUGGAGGCUACUUCGACGAGUUCGGUAUCAUCCGUGAUGUCAUGCAGAACCACUUGUUGCAGGUGCUGACCUUGCUCGCCAUGGAGCGCCCCAUUUCUUUCUCCGCCGAGGAUAUUCGUGACGAGAAGGUCCGUGUUCUGCGUGCUAUGGACCCCAUUGAGCCCAAGAACGUGAUCAUUGGACAGUAUGGACGCUCUCUCGACGGCAGCAAGCCCGGUUACCUCGAGGAUGACACUGUGCCCAAGGGAUCGCGUUGCCCUACCUUCUGCGCCCUGGUUGCCUACAUUAAGAACGAGCGAUGGGAUGGUGUUCCCUUCAUCCUGAAGGCCGGUAAAGCCCUGAACGAGCAGAAGACCGAGGUCCGUAUCCAGUUCAAGGACGUCACCUCCGGUAUCUUCAAGGACAUCCCCCGUAACGAGCUUGUCAUCCGAGUCCAGCCCAACGAGUCUGUCUACAUUAAGAUGAACUCCAAGCUGCCGGGUCUGUCCAUGCAGACAGUGGUGACCGAGCUGGACUUGACUUACCGCCGUCGCUUCUCUGACCUCAAGAUCCCCGAGGCUUACGAGUCCCUGAUUCUGGACUCCCUCAAGGGCGACCACUCCAACUUCGUGCGUGACGAUGAGUUGGACGCUAGCUGGCGCAUGUUCACCCCUCUCCUGCACUACCUGGAUGACAACAAGGAGAUUAUCCCCAUGGAAUACCCCUACGGUUCUCGUGGCCCCGCUGUUCUUGACGACUUCACCUCCUCCUACGGUUACAAGUUCAGUGACGCCGCUGGCUACCAGUGGCCGGUUACCAACACCACUCCCAACCGUCUGUAG